AUACUUAAUUAAUAACAUUACAAUUUACAAACGCGUCCUACAAAUCUCCGUCGGUCUCACACUCUUCAACGGUUGGCAAUUUGCUCAACCCAUUUCUCCCGAUCAUCUUAUCGGCUUACCCUAAUUAAUUCAAUUUCCCCCCAAUUUUCUCUCUCAAAAACCUUCACCAAACCCUUUCUAAUUUCUCAAAUCCCUAAAUUUUUACCCAGAAUUCCUGAUCUCUAUCCUCAAUCAGAAGAAUUCUAAUCAUGUCGAUGGAUUCAGACACCUCCUCGCACGCCGGCGAUUAUAAGUACUUCCGACAAAUGACUCGCGAUCGAUUGCUUCAUGAAAUGCUUGGAUCAACAAAGAAGGGGGACUCCCGGUCAAAUUGGAAGGUUCUCAUCAUGGACAGAUUUACAGUUAAGAUAAUGUCUUAUGCUUGCAAAAUGGCAGACAUCACUGGUGCCGGAGUCUCAUUGGUGGAAGACAUAUAUAAAAGAAGACAACCAUUACCCACAAUGGAUGCUAUAUACUAUAUCCAGCCAUCCAAGGAGAAUGUUGUCAUGUUUUUGUCCGAUAUGGCUGGGAAAAAGCCUUUAUACAAGAAAGCUUUUGUUUUUUUUAGUUCACCUGUUGCUAGAGAAUUGGUCAGUCAUAUCAAGAAGGACAGUACAGUUUUGCCCCGGAUAGGCGCAUUGAGUGAGAUGAAUUUGGAGUAUUUUGCUAUUGAUAGACAGGGUUUUGUUACUGAUAAUGAAAUGUCUUUGGAUGAGCUCUUUGGAGAUGAUGAGAAUCAUCGUAAAGCUGACGCAUGUUUAAAUAUGAUGGCUGCUCGAGCUGCAACAGCAUUUGCUUCCAUGAGGGAGCUUCCUUUUGUUCGGUAUCGUGCUGCCAAGUCUCUUGAUGCCAAUACAAUGACUACCUAUCGUGAUUUGGUUCCUACAAAGUUAGCGGCUGGAAUCUGGAACUAUCUGACAAAAUAUAAGACUAGCAUCGCUAACUUCCCCCAGACAGAAACUUGUGAGUUGCUCGUUCUAGACCGAUCUGUUGAUCAGAUUGCUCCUGUCAUACAUGAGUGGACUUAUGAUGCCAUGUGCCGUGAUCUAUUGAACUUGGAGGGAAAUAAGUAUAUCUAUGAGGUUCCAAGCAACACUGGAGGGCCUCCAGAGAAAAAGGAGGUCCUUUUGGAGGAGCAUGAUCCUAUCUGGUUUGAGCUUCGACAUUUACAUAUUGCUGAUGCUAGUGAACGGCUACAUGAGAAAAUGACCAACUUUGUGACAAAGAAUAAAGCAGCUCAAAUCCAUCAUAGUUCAAGAGAAAGUGGUGAAUUGUCAACACGUGAGCUGCAAAAAAUGGUUCAGGCUUUGCCACAAUAUAGUGAACAAAUUGAAAAGCUUUCACUGCAUGUUGAGAUAGCUGGAAAAAUUAAUCGUAUUAUUAGGGAUCAAAAACUUAAAGAGAUUGGUCAACUGGAGCAGGACCUUGUCUUCGGUGAUGCUGGAACUAAAGAGGUCAUCAACUUUUUCAGGCUGCAUGAGGAUGUGAGCCGUGAAAAUAAGUUGCGGGUAUUGAUGGUAUAUGCUGCUGUUUACCCUGAUAAAUUUGAGGGUGACAAAGGUUCAAAAUUGAUGCAGCUGGCAGGAUUGUCAUCAGAUGACACAAAUGCAGUUAAGAACAUGAAAUUGCUCGGCACACCCCCUGAAACAAAGAAAAGUUCUCUUGGAGCUUUUGCCUUGAAAUUUGAUAAUAAGAAAAAGCAUGGAGUCAGGAAGGAACGUGUCGGAGAAGAAACAGCAUGGCAGUUAUCUCGGUUUUACCCAAUGAUUGAGGAGCUUGUUGAAAAACUUUGUAAAGGUGAACUUCCUAAGAACGAAUACCCGUGUAUGAAUGACCCAAGUCCUACAUUUCAUGGAACUUCGCAUCCUGCUGCAAUUCAAUAUACCGAGACCCCAGUUGCACAUUCUAUGAGGUCAAGACGGACUCCGACAUGGGCUUCUAGACCUCGUAAUUCUGAUGAUGGGUAUUCGAGUGAUUCUAUUCUGAGACACGCCUCUAGUGAUUUUAAGAAGAUGGGAAAGCGUAUAUUUGUAUUUAUUGUAGGUGGUGCUACUAGGUCAGAGAUGCGAACUUGUUACAAGCUUUCAACAAAGUUGAACAGGGAAAUCAUUUUAGGUUCAUCUAGUAUCGACGAUCCCCCACAAUUCAUCACGAAAUUGAAGCUGCUAUCAGCAAGUGAAUUAUCGUUAGAUGACCUUGAGAUAUAGAUGUCUAGCAUGAAACUGUUCAUCUUGAUAAUUCAUUCUUUUUCUUAAUGUGUAAAUCGUGUGUCAUUAGUCCUUGGAAAAUGCACUCAUACAUUUAAGAUGCGUGCGAUUGUCUAGCAAUCUGUUUCUCACGCUAACCCCGCCUGUAUCAUAUCAUAAUUACCAUUGCAAAGAAAGAAUGUGGUUCUGAUACCAGAAGAAUCGCAGGUGUCUUGCUGUAUUUAGUAUGGGUCAAGUUAUAUCACUGUCAAUAAUUUUGUACCUCUUGGUGAUCAAUACAAUUUUCAGUUACAUCAAA